CAGAGAGCUAUACCUAAUCUCUUUAAAAACUAUGAACAAGACAGCAAGCAGUCACUAGAGUCUAAUCGUUCUGCCUUAUAGCAAACACCAACCAGCACAUACCACUGACCAGAGGCACAGGGAUCCUCUCGAUGGCAGGAUUUGACAGGGACGCUAUGAAUGCUUCAUUACUCAGUAUACCAGUUAAUUCCACAAGCCCUAACAUCACACAGCCCCCUUCAGAGACUCUGCGCGUGGCACAGAUUGGAAUAGCCACCCUGAUAUUCGUGGUUGGGUUGCCUCUAAAUGCCUUGGUUAUUUGGGUGCUGUGUUUCCGCAGCACCAGAAGGAAUAGCUUUGGGCUGUACGUGCUGAACCUGGCCUUUGCUGACUUGGUAUUGGUGAUGCGUAUCCCACUGGCCAUUGCAUACUUGGUUGCCUAUUACCAAUGGCACUUCGGAGCUAUCGCCUGUAAGAUCAUCAUGUUCCUGAGAGGGCUGGGCCUGUAUGCAGGGGCUUUCCUUCUCUCCGCUAUCAGCCUGGAGCGAUGCCUCUGUCUCUUGCACCCUGUAUGGUAUCGUCUCCGCAGGCCCGCCUGGGUUGUCCCCACCAUCUGUGGGUUCUUGUGGUGCCUCUCCUUGUUCCUCAGCUUCCCGUACCUGCAGUCCAGCCAGAUCAUCAAUGGCCAAUGUCUUGAAAAAUUUGUGUCUCCAAUAGGGCUUUUUGUCACAGAAACAGUGCUGGGGUUCCUGAUGCCAUUGCUGCUCUUCGUCUCCUGCAACUUGGUGGUCUUGCUAAAGGCAAAGCAGGACUGCCCCGCGAAGCAUACGAAGCUGUUUAAGGUGCUCACCUUUACCAUGGUGGUGUUCCUCACCUGCUGGGUCCCCUACCACACGUUUCGUUUUCUUAUGUCACUUUACAGUCCCUAUCCCCAGGACAAAGUAUACAGGAUGGCGACAAAUGGGGUUUAUUUCUCCCUGUACCUUGUUCACCUGAAGAGCAGCCUCAACCCCGUACUUUACGUCUUAGCCGGAAAAGACUUACGCAGCACUGUGAAAGCAUCACUGAUUUCAGCAAUCGAAGGGAUCUUCAACGAUGAAGCAUCUGAUUUGAAACACAGACGAUCCUUAAAGGCACAGGAGUCACUGGUCUAGUGAACAUUCAAGGCCAAGGUAGCAUAGAUGCUUAACAUUCUCCUCACCCCAAGGUGUGUACAACACUUUACUAGACUGGCUGAAAAUGUUAUGAGAGGUGUAUUGUAUGCUGCCAUGCAAUACCCUUAUUUAAAACUACUGCUAAAUACUGUAAUACUGUAUCUGUAACUCUCGCUUCAUGUGGACAGAACAUUUUCCUAAGAUGUACAUUUAUGCAAAGGCCUAUUAAAUUGAAACAGAUAUAUUACAAUAAAUGUAUGUGUAUAUAUAUAUAUAUAUAUAUAUAUAUAUAUAUAUAAUCAUAUACUGUACUGUCAAGGUGGUCAGGGAUUGUUGCUGAAUCACCAGUGAUGCCAGCUGAAAUCACAGCUAGGCAGGUUAAUGGACAUAGGCUAGGGGAAAUAAAGUAUGUAUUUUUUCUUUUUUUCACCAAUGAUGUGCUUGUAGAGCCUGAGAGCCUGCAGUAAAAUAUUUGGAUCAGUUAGUUAACGCAGUAGGCAUCCUUAGAGACCCCUGUGGAAUCUGCAGGAUUUUUAGGAACUUAAAACCACCCAUAACAUCAAACACUCAGACAUAAAAACUGUGCAUUCAUACUUUAAUACUCUAAACCAUAGUUGGAUAUGUGUAAUCAAGGAGCAUUUCAAAAGAUGUGAGGCAAUGAAUAUAGAAACACCACAAGACUGUCGUAUUAACUUGGAAAUGUGAUGCUUAAAGGAAGUUGUGACGAUGCAAAUAUUUUCAUUCAUUCCAAACAACUGAUAGGAUUUGCUAACCAGGCCAGACCUUUUGUGACCACUGAUUUUCAACACAGGAUAGCAAGCAAACACACCACCACCCCACCCCAUGAGAAUGGACUGUAAGAAACCACCCAUCCAUGCAAACAUUUUCCACUUAUCCCACAGUAGUCUGCUUCUCCCUCAAAACUUUAUGGAAUGUUUUUUAAGGACUUUUUUUUUAAAAGCCCAGAGAAUGUUUAGUAUUACACUUCAAAAACCAGUCCCAAUAACACAGUUCUAUAAACACAUUCAACAUUUGAGAGCUGAAAAAAAAAAAAAAAAAUAAUAAUAAUAAUAAUAAUAAUAAUAAUGGAAAGGGAGCUACACCUGUGCUUUUGCAGAGAUGUACCAGUUCUGUGGAUGUCGUACACAAAAACAUAAUGACAGGUUUUACAAGCAACGAAUCCAGUCGUUGCUUUCAUCACGUCCACAGACAUUUUUAAUAUUACCAAGCAGGAGUGAUAAAUCUUGUGACUUAUCAAACAAGCGACAAUACAAACUGAGAACACUGAUUUAAACGGUCCUAAAUCUAGAUUUUAAAUGUUGUUUUAUGAAGAACUGCUUUGGAACUGUCAGAAGCUUCACUAAAAUGUCCUCAAUAGGGUUGUAUUGGCAGAAAGACAGUAUGUAAACACACUGUCGAUAAUUAAAAUAGCCAAGCCCUGAAAGACAAAAAGAAUGGAUUAGAGAUCUGAAGAUUCAAUUUUCCAGUUCAUGUCCUGUGUUUGAGGGAGGGCAGCCAGUGUUGAGUAGUUUGUUUCUCAUAUCCCCUAUUUAAAAGAGAUUGCACUCUCAACUGCUUUAAAACCCCUAGCUAACCUUCAAUAAAAGUGUAUUAAACUGAAGCAAUCAGUUAAAGUACAGUACAUGACAUUUCAAGUCAUUCAAGUAGUGGCCCAACUAAAUUCUCUCUGUUAUUUGUGUUACUGUAUUGUUCCUCAGAUUCCAACCUUUAGUACCAGUAAUAAUAAAUACCCAGUUUUGGAUUCCUUUUCACCCAUAAACACCCACAUAAAAUUCAUACUUUUCCUGUCAACCAACCCCUGGCAAAACCAGCAGAUGAUGGCGUACACUAAGCAAACACUGGGCCGGGAAGUCUUCUGGUAGUGAAGAGAGGGAUUAGAGCUUAAGCAAAUCUUGCUUGUGUGUCUUCAAACAAAAGAGUUUAGGGGCUUUUGCUGGUCUCUUAUUUUCUGUGUGUAUCUAUUACAAAUUAUACUUUUAAGUAAGAAAAGCAACACACACUGCCCACUUCUACCUUACAUUAUGUAGAAAGUACUUUUUUCAUGGAUUUCUUUUAAUCAUAUUGGUCUAUUUGUACUAGAUAUGUGGCAUUAUCAGAUGUUUACUCUACUUAAAAACUAAGCUGUGUUUCCUGCAUAUGAGUUCCACUUUAAUUCUAUGAUAUACAAGAUGCACAGCUUGUAACAAUGAAGUGCAGUGACCUCUUUCUAACAAACAACUUUUUAUUUCUCACAUUGUUAUUGGGCUGAUCAUGUUUACAACUUAUGUUUGAAAACAUCUUCUUGGAAGUUAUUGUAAAUCCUAAAUAGAUACAAAGUAGAUGUUUCAAGAUCAUGUCUUAAAAAUAACAUUUGUUCAUCAUGAAACAUUUGUUUGAGAAUAUAAACAUACAGAUUUUAGCAGGUU